AAUUUAGAUUCUUUUUUAUUAAUAUGGAAUCUUGUUUUAGUACUAUAUCUGUCCGUGAUUACUUUCACGCGACAAAAUGCAAAAUAAAGUGCCCCUUAAAGUAAUUAAGGAGCUUUAAUCAUUAUUUUUCAUUAUUUUACACUAGUGAGCCUCACAGUGAUUAAAGCAAAGAAUUAUAUAUGAUACUAGAUACAAGUAGCGUGUUGUUGACGCGGUUCUUCGGCAACAGAUAAUUAAUAGAAUAAAGAGUGAGAUUAGUGAUAAGUUGUGAACCAUAAUAGAUAAAUGAUCUUAAAGUAAAAUGGUGACACGAAUACUUUUUUAGGUGGUUCAAAAGUUAAAAUCCUUCUAGUCCACCAGCCAAUAUUAUUGCUAUCUUUUUUAUAUUCUUUACAGGGUAUUUCUUUACAUAAUAGAAUCCAACCCCUUGCAACUCCCAGGGUCUCCAUAUUUAUAGGGAGAGGGUACCUGAGGGUUGGCAAGGGGGGUCAUCCCGUGACCCUCUUACCCAUCAUGUCACUUCUGUGACAUUCAUGAUUAAUUCCUAAAACCUGACAACGAAGUGUGGUCUAAUCAAUAGGUAAGUGGGAGAAUGGGCCUCAUGGCCCACCCAGUCGUGGGUGCCUGAACAAGCACGUUUAUGCUGCGUGUCCGAGAAUUCAGGGAUAUAUCAGACACGUGAUGUCUGAUAUAUGCACGUUUACAUUGCGUGGUUGACUUUAUAAGGGGUCAGAGGUGCCAACUCAAGCUCGUACCUCGAGCUUGAUGUAUUCUUAGCCCGUGGUGUCCAUAUCUCUGACCCGACUCCUUAGCAAUCUCACUAAGCCUUUGGUUACCUCGAGUUGGAGAGGUAGGACCUGGCAACAGCAGCUCCGAGUACGUGGCAUCUACGUGGCCGAUAUAAUUAUGCCAUUUCUCAGCUCGCUAAUAGCCCGUGGAUAUUUAGGGCGUACAUUUGUCCCCCAAGCCCCUGCUCGUGGCAUAUGACAUCACCUGGGGCCACAGUGGGGGCUUUUAGGCUUCUUUGUGGACUCUUCACAUUCUGCCCAUUAUGCUGGUAUCGAAUACGUGGAGCAUCGUGGUUGGUGACGGUACGUCUUCCGAGAACCGCAUUAAAUGGCCUAGCCUAUAUUCGGCCGUCGUUUCGCCUUUCGAGUAGUGAUCCUCGUAUCCUACAUCAAGGCGAUCCAACGACCCUCCUCCUUUGGCCUUUUACAUAUAUAAAAGGGGUGGCCACCUUUCGCAUGGGCUACCUGUUUAUUUGAAAAUUUUCUCAUUUUCUUCUUUCUUCUCAGUCCCAAAAACCCUCUCUUUCUUCCGGUCACUGUUCUCAGAGUUCCAGAAAUUCAGGCAGGAGAGCUCCUUUGAGACUUCGGCACCAGCAAUCCCAACAGGAUUCCAACCCAGACGACCCUUUCAGUCUCACCACAGCAAAAUACUUCUGUAAGUCCUCCGUUUGUGCAUGUUUUAAAUUUUUUUUCUCACUGUUGCUUAGGUAAAUUAUCUCUGUAAUAGCAUGUAGUGUUUUGCUGGUUUUUUGUUGGUAUGAUACGCGUAGGUUUUUAUCCUAGGGCAUCGACCGUAGAAAAAACCAUUUAGGAGCAUGACUCAUAGGGUACACUUUCUGGGGAGAUUUUCUGGGCAAAAUUUUUGUAUGCCUGUUUGAAAUAACCAGUUUUUAGGGUGCAAAACCGGCUAGCUUAGGGGACAUGCUUCAUAGGCGGUUUUGCACUGUUUGCCUACUGAAACUUUCCUUCCAAGGAAAACUUUUACUCUGACCCUCCUGACACACGAAUUUCGAGUAAUUGGGGACCUAUUAGGAGCAUAGGCGCGUGUUCAUAAAACCGCGUGGUCUCACUCUCCACGGGCUGAGAUUACCUCACCCCGUGUAAAGGAAACACUUCGCGUUAGAUUCUUUCUUAUGCUUAGGUCGCCCUUUCUAAAUUUUCUUCUUUUGUUCGCUAGGUGACCAUAUGGGACCAAAAAAAACCGAAUCCAAGAAGAGUGUUGGCAGCUCGUCUUCCCAGCAAGCCAACAAGGGAAAGGAGGUGGUCAUAGACUCCCCAAUCCCCGCCUUCGGUCCAGCCGUGGAGCAGGAGCUCGAGGUGGGGCCCGAUGCUUUCUUUGAGGCCGAGAGGAUCGCCUCGAAGGUCACCACCCAGGGGAAAGUGAAUAAAAUCUUCCUUUCCCACAACAUUGAAAUAGGGAGGGGCGCCCUAGAUGCCCGACCUCCCCUCGAAGGUGAGCGGAGCUGCGCGCUGCUCGAUGAGGAGUACGCCGCUUGGAGCGAAAAGCACCUCAAGGCUAGGGCCUUCCUUCCGCUGGACCAGUACUUCGCGGAUUUUCUAAAUUACGUGAAGCUGGCUCCUUUCCAGCUCCCCCCUAACUCAUAUCGCUUGUUAGCAGGGCUGAAAUAUUUAUUCCUGAAGCAGGAAUGGGAGGUCCCCACGCCGGUAGACAUCCUUUACUUCUUCUGCCUCAAGGCCAGCCCGGAGGAGCAGGGGCGAGGCGACGGGUUCUACUAUCUGACCUGUUUUCCAAAUUCGGUUGCGGUCAUCGAGCUGCCCAGCCACCCCGAUGACUUUAAAGACUAGUUCUUCUUGUCCAAGGGGUUUCGCAACUCGAACACCACUAUUUCAACCAUUCUCGUAAGUACCUUCUAUUCUCAACUUGUAAGUUAAUUUGUCGAUUAGCCUCUUUUACUCGUUCCUAACUUAGAAACAAUCAUGCAGCCAUUUUCGCGAGGACGGCCAAGUCUGUGACCCUUGGGGGUCAAUACGAGACCUUGGCGGGGCUGCCCCCAAGCGAAAAGGAUUAUCGCUAGCUCAUGUCCGAUGAGACGAUGCUGGCGUGCAAGCUAAUCUCUCCAAGCCAGACUUUGGCCUUGAGGAGGCCGCGGGCUCUCCCUCCUGCUUGCGAGAUGGCGCCCAUCCCCGAGGAGGAGGCCGUGGGAGAGGAAGAGGACGAGGAGGACGAGGUCCCCCUCGUGCGGCGGAGGCGGGCUUUGGAGGUCGCCCAAGAAGCGAACGUGGAGAGGGCCCAGUCCGGGGCAGCAGCCGGCCCCUCCGGCCAAGGUAAUCCUUAUCUGUUUAGGGAUUUAGAUAGGGCCACUGUAGAUUUAAGGCUUGCUAGGUUUAAUCCUGACCAAAUCAUCCACCGCCACCGAACAGACCCAGACCGCAACAUUACUUUACUCCAGUGCGUUGACUAGCUCGUGCUGCGUAACGAAAUGGGUCGCCCUAGGGGAACGAUAGUAGUAGACAACACCCUAGCCUUUAGGUCGGCCUUCUUUGAGGAAUAUGGGACCAAUCUUAGGUCGUGGCCCUCCCUCCUGGAGGGCGUAGUAGCUCCGGGUCUUAGGCAGUACGUAGAAGAGUCCAGUCCCGAGGCAGAUCUGGACCCAGAGCCUCUCCCAGCCCGCGAAGUCGUUAUCUUAGACUCCCCUGCUGAAGCUCCGGGGCUGGAGGUCGUGACCAUAGAUUCCUCCUCUAGCUUGGAGGGUAGGACCUCUUUCAAUACAUACGUGAGCUCUGUUUUCCCUUUUAUUUUUGUUUUUUUGUACAAAUAUUUUUACAUGUAUAUUAAUGCUUUGUAUUUGUUUCAACAGAGAUGUCGCAGGUCGGGGAUGACGGCUUACGAGCCAUGUUCCAUGGGGGAAAUCCUCCCUCAGGGCCUUUGGUGAAGAGGAUUCGGUUGACGAAGUAGGCUGUUGGGACAUCCUCUAAGUCCCCCGCUAAGGGGAAAAACCCAGGCCCUUCUGAAAAGGUGCCUCCAACCCCUCCUGCCGCAAAGGAGAUGGCUCCACCUCCACCUCCACCUCCCAUCCUUACUCGGGAAAAGGAGGUAUCCACUGGGACCUCGCUAACUACGCCCCCCGAGGUGCGUGUCCCGAUGAAUUCCCGGGCCUUGGAGAAGAUCCCUGGUGUCUUUCGGGGGACGGUCUACGAGACGGCGAGCUACACUGUGGACCACUAUUAUAAUGCCUCCACGAGGGAUCUACAGGAGAUCGAGACAAGGAGCCCGAAGAACGUGAUGGAGUCCUCGCUGGGGAUGACUCUCACGGGUGCUUUGGCUCUUCACCAGAGCAUAUCCCGAUCUAGGGCCAGGCUCGAGGAGAUGAGGAGCGAGCAUCAGAAUGCCCUGGCCGCCCUUGCGACUGCCAAGAAACAGGAACAUGACGCCAAAGAUGCCCUGGCAACCGCGCGGGAUGAGCUGGACGCAUCUCGACCUAAGCUGCUGGAGGCCGAGUCCACCAAGGUCGCCCUCGAUGCUGCAAGGGUGGAACUUGAAGAAGCUAAGGUUGCCCUUGCAGCGGAGAAGGCGACCUCCACCACCUUCAUGGAGAACAUGUUGUACCAUUGUUGGGCCUUCAACCCAGAUGGUGACUUUUCCUUCUUGGGGACGGAAGCGUGGGAGUCCUUCCUCGGGAAGUUCAAAGCUCGCCUCCAACAAGAGGCGCCCUCCGAGACUGGGGAAACUCCAGUCACGACCAAGCAGGACGACGAGGUGGUGUCUUCAACAGAGCGACCUGGCGGGGCCUAGAAACUUUCUCCUCUUCUAUUUAUCCUUUGCACAUUUUUUUUUGUAACUUUAUAUUAUGAGGUUUUUCAACCUCGAGACAAUUGGUUUUUUCAACCUUAUUUUUAAUUGAUUUACAUCCUUUUGCCUCUA